UUAGGUUGUUGCCAUAGUUACAAGCAGACAACAAGUUGACGUAACAAAAUAAAUGCCUUUGAUUUCUCAUUUGUUUUUCUUGAAGUUUUAAAUUGCAUAAUGCAUUUUUUGAAAUAUUAGAAUUGGUUUAAAAACUGGAUCGCAAUUUAUUUACAUGACAUUUUACCUCUUCUAAAUCUUAGCCUGGCGCUGACAGAAAAAAGAUCUCUUAUAGUUGUGCAGGAUCUCUUAUAGUGUGUGCAAGUAAAAGUUGUGUGUAAUGUCUAUCAUAGCUAUCUAUCAUUAACCCUAGUUUGCACUGCUGCAACAAUCAAAGAAACUUCCUGUGGGUUCAACCAAAAACAGCAAUUAAUGCUUCCCCAUUGUCAAGCAUGCACAGCAUCUGAUGAUGUAGUCUUGGAGUAUGUGUUUAACAUUAUGCACUGUAUUCAUCUAAUUAUCUACUACUGCUGCCACUUUUGCCUGAUGUUUACAGCCAUGGGUUGCUAUGCAUCAUUAUGAUGUGCCUUACUUCCCCUAAAUUUUUGUCGAUACAUUUUUGAAGCAUCCUGUAAACUCAUAGCUUAUCAAUUGCUUUAUUACAUAGCAUUUAGAUUAUCUUGAAGGAACAGACUAUGCAGCACACAAAUUAGCCUAAAAAAAGUAAAUAGGAAGGUUUUAACUAUGUCUAGCACUUCUAAAGCAACUGGUGAAAAUAACUUUUCAGAUUUUGACAAUAGUGAUGAUGAUUUGGCUGAUUUGUUAGAUGAUGAUGAUGACAUAUAUGCAAAAAAGCUGACUAAAACUUCACCUUCUAAAAAACUACCAGAUAAAAAAUUUCCUUCUAAGAAGUUAACCGAUGAACCAGCGAAUGAUACUUUAUUGGGUCGCAAAAAUUCAAGCUUGCCUUUUUCAUCCCCUGAGAGAAAGGAAUCUUCCACGUCAGUUUUGUCUCCCGAGAAGAAAAAGUCUUUUGAUUUUAGUUCCAUUCUCGAAAAUUCUCCAAAACAUGCCAAAGGUAAAAGAAACUCUAAUGAAUUUGAAGGUGAUGCUUUAAGUGAGUUCUUAACUAAAACUGCACUACCAAAAGUCAAGUCAAAGCCUACUUCCCCAGCAAAAAAAUCAAGUGAUCCAGAUAUAUCAAAAUCCAUAGAAGCAGAUUUUGAUUUUUCAAAGUCAUCGUCAAAGAGUUUUCCACUGAAACAAGACGAUAGCCUUCCAAAAGAUGACUUCAAUUCAGAUGAUGAUGACCUCUUAAAAUCUUUGGAGUCUGAUGAAGACAAGAGUACUCCCAAUUCUCCCCGUAAGCGAAGUGGAUCUUUCUUUGAUGACUUUCUCAAAAAUUUAUCUCCUAAACACAAGUCAAAGAAGCAAAAUAGUGUCCUAAAAGAUUCAGAGGAUUAUAAAGAUUCAACUGAAGAUGUAAUUAGUGAAGAAACUAAGAAGGUGGAUUUUAAAAAGGAGCAUCAAGUAAAAGAUCCGGUAAAGAAGAGAGAAACUUUUCUUAAGCAAGUCAGCUUCAAAGAAGCGCAAGAAUCACAAAGUAUAAAGUCUGCUACGUCUUUUGUCUCAGAAGAUCUUUCCAUCAAGCCUGACUCAAGUAUUUCCUCUGCCCCUCCACGUACUGCACGAAGAUCUGAAAAAAUGACUUCCUCUAAAGAUGAUGAUAUGGACUGGUCUAAUUUCUUUAAAGAAAGUCCUAAAAAGAGUAAAGAUAGUGUAAAAAUACCAACAAGAAAAGAAACUAGUUUUGAUGAAGCACCUGAUGCAUUAUCAAAUAGGAGGAAGAGUUCUGGUUCAGAGUGGUUAGGAUUAAGUGAACCUAAUACACCUUCUAAAUUAAAUCCGUCUGCAAAAGAAUCUUUUGUUAAAGAGAAUAAUCUUGGUGCAGAAUUUCAAAACUCAGGGGCAGAAUCCACCAAAGGAAUCUCUAGCAGGCCCAGACGUCCUCGCACUGCUCCAAGUACUGAUGCAGGUUGGCUUAGCGAGGAUUUUGGUGCAAUUUCAAAUCAAGAAAACAAAAGUCCUGUUGCAGUUCAGAAUCCUUUGAAGGAUUUGCCAGGAAAGCAAUUUACAAAUGCUCACUCCGAUGGUGUGUUGGAAAAAACACACAAUAAAAAAGGAACUGACAGUAUCUUGUCAGUUGUGAAAAAAAAUACUUCCAUUAAAGCAGCACCAGAAAAGGAAAUUUCAAAUAUUCAGAACACUAGUUCCCCUCAAAAGAGUUCCUUAGUGUCUGACGCACCCUACAUGCUUCCACAGAUUAUUCCCAAUGAAUUGCGUGGUCUUCAAAAGAAUAUGGAGACAGUUGCUGCAUUACCCAUAUAUAAUACUACCUUAGAGAAUAUAGGGAAUAUGCAAGCACUUAUGAAUAAUCAUGUUUUGGAGAGAGAUCAACUAAUUAAAUCAUCUGAAGCAAUGAAAUCAAUGUAUGAGGAGCGAAUUGAAACUAUGAAAAUGUUACACAAGGAUCAAAUUAAAUCUUUAGAAGAAUCCUUCAAGAUCUUAGAAAAUAACUUGAAGACAGACAUAGAAAAUAAAGUUCAGGUAUAUGAAACUAAACUAGAUGCUUUCGGAAAGGAAAAAGAUUUGUUAGAAAAGAGUUUAAAAGAGAAAUCGAUUGAUAUGGAGGCGCAGCAUUUAAAAGAGAUUCAAAAGCUUAAAGAUUUGCACAAUCUGUCUGUCAAGCAAAUGAAGCAAGAUCACGAGGAAGCUUUACAGAGACUGAAUAGAUUAAAAGAUCAAGAAGUUGAAGCAAUUUUGAGUACUCAAGCACAUUCAAGAUCACUCCAAAAUUUAGCUGAUCAAUUAGAAGCGCGUACUACUGAGUUGGCUAAUUUACAGGCAAAAGUGGAAGAACGAAAUCAAGCAACUUUGCGUGAAAAACGAGCCCUAUUAGAUACUAAAGAGCGAGAUCUGAAAGCGUUGCAAAAUCGACUAGAAAGACAACUAGAGGAUGGAGAUGAGGAAAGAAAUAGGUUGCAGCAGUUAGUUCUGAGACUUGAGAAUCGUCUUCAAAAGUCAGCUACUGAAGGGGAAGAAGAUCGUUGGGAUGUGCAGCAACUGAAAGCAAGACUGAAAGUUCAACAAAAAUAUUUAGAUGAAGAAUACAAAUUGAAAAUGGAUCAGAUUGAAAGGGAAAAAGAAAAACUUCAAAUAAAUCAGAAUUCUUUGUUACAAGAACAAAAAAUCGUUCUUCUUCAACUGGCUGAAGAACGACAGCAAAUCACCAGAGAAAAAAACGAGUUGGAGUUUAUUUCUAGAAAAGUAAAAGAAGAUGAGGCAAAAUUCAAUGUGAAGAAAUUAAAGGAGGAGAGCUUUAUUGAAAAGCAAAAGCUGUUUAUUCAACAGGAAGAGAGCAGGCUGCUAUCAGAAAAGAAUAAUCUUAAGAUGGAAACUCAACAAUUGGAAAGAGAAAAGGACAUGUUUGAAAGAGACAAAAUGCACUUCACGAGUGAAAAAGAGAGAUUUAAUGAAUAUAGUUUGAAAGUUAAACGAAGAGCUGAUGAAAUAGAACAUUUAGCAAUAUCAUCUAGAGAAGAGAAAGAAAGAGCUCAUCAAGAGCAAUUCCUUGCAAAUAAAAUAAAGGAUGAGCACCAGUCGAAACUGCAGCAAAUAGCUCAACAAAUGCAAACUUUGAGGGAUAAAGAACAUCAAAUACUUCAGGUACUUUUUGAUUUACUUCAGCCGAAAAAGAUUAUCAAUAAUUUGUAAAAAUAUAAAAACUAU